AUGAGUGAUCGUGAUUGCCGUAUCUACGUGGGAAACCUUCCGGAUGAUGUGCGUGAGCGUGACGUUGAAGACAUCUUCGACAAAUACGGCAAAAUUCGCGCAAUCGACAUCAAGGCCAAGGGACGGGCUCCAGCUUUUGCAUUUGUAGACUUUGAUGAUCCAAGAGACGCCGAAGAUGCAGUCCGUGGAAGAGAUGGCUACUCGUUCGAUGGUAUGCGACUUCGUGUCGAAUUUCCACGUGGAGUGGGCCCUCGCGGACCCGGUGGUCGCCCGAUGAGCGAUCGUGAUGGAGGACGCUCUCGUGGAGGGGAUAGAGAUCGCGACCGUGACGAUCAUGGCCGUGGAGGACGAUCUGCUCCACCACGUCGCUCCGGAUAUCGUGUCAAGAUCACUGGUUUACCAUCAACUGGAAGCUGGCAAGAUGUGAAGGAUCAUCUUCGUGAUGCUGGUGAUGUGUGCUAUGCUGAUGUCUAUGGUGAUGGAACUGGAGUUGCUGAGUUCACGCAUCGCGAUGAUAUGAAAAGAGCGCUCAAGAAACUGGAUGAUACUAAAUUUCGCUCGCACGAGGGUGAGACGGCGUAUGUGCGCAUCACUGAAGUGUCAGGAUCACCAGGAGGAGGAGGAGGCAGCGGCGGUGGUGGUGGUGGUGGUCGUCGUCGCAGUCCGGAAUACAGUCCUCGUCGUUCGCGCAGUCGCUCACCUCCAUCUCGCAGUCGCUCUCGCUCGCCAGCUUCUCGAAGCCGCUCCCGCUCU